AUAAAAUAGCAACCCUGGUGUUGAUACAUCUCUGUUUAUAUGUACACAUACAUACAACAGAAAAAUAAUAAAAAACGGAGAAAAAAGUGAAUUUCCUUCACUAAAGAAUAAUAAACACAUCGUAAACCAGUAAAGGGCAAUAUUAUAUUCAAUUGCAAGCCCCAAUAAGGCAUUUUCUGAAACGCCAUGGCCUCCGAUGAGCUGCCAGCUGAUUUGGACAAGCUGAAAAUAACACAGACUCAUCCUCUCUUGAAGUCUGUUGAGAGGAACCCCUUCUACGCUGCAGACAAUGGAUUCGACAGAUCGUUUCCGGGAGACACUGCGGAACCAGGACCCAGCAUCAAGGGCAGGAUUACCCAUCUUUGGAAGUGCAGACCCAGGCGAAGGUCCGAGAGUUGCCUGGACGACUGCAAGCAGGAAGAGUCGCUUGCUGCAUCCGAAACGUUUGAUAUUGUCAGUCCCUUGAGCAGUUCCCAUGGCGUGCAAAAAUCAUCACAGAAACGGAACUAUCUAGCCCCUGCGAAGAAGAAUAUAUUUCGACAGCCUAUUUUGAGGUCGUUGUAUGGCUGUGAGCAUGGAAAAUGUCUGGUCCGAAGUGGUCGGAUAUAUAUAGUUAAAUCAAAAGAGGAGGAUUCACACGCCAACGAGGAUUUGAAGCCGAGCUCCAGUGGAAAGUGCACCUUUAGCGAUGUGAUUGGCGAAUGUAAUGCCUUACUAGAUGAAUCGGCUAACAGCUGGCACAUGUCGAAGAAUUGCAACUCUUUGAAGACUCACAACUCGGGAGGUGGAGCAGAGGUUGGUCAGCUUCCUAUUGCCAAGUGCGACACGUCUGCCGUUUCCGUAGCUUCAAGACCACUGUCAGCUGUUCCAUUAAUGGGAGCUACAUGCUCGCAACAGGCCAGCUAUAAUUCCACGAACCCCGGCAGCUGCGAUGAUGUUACCAUUGGAGAACUCGCCAGUUAUUUGGAUACCAUUGUUCAUAUCCCCAAAAAGAUGUCCUCAAUGGCCGAAAUGAUGUACACAUAAUUAUCCCAUCACGGCUGCUAUUCAUUGUACGUUUACUCCGAAUAUAGUUUUAAGAAUUAACUGUAAAAUUUCUAUGUUACUUGUGAAUUUAAUUACACAAUUUCUGCCCUCUGUAUCUUCAGUUGAGUAAUCUAAUAUUUAUACUGUAUAAUAUGUACAUAGUCAUUGGUAUAUUACAGCAUUUCUAAACACA